GUCUCUCUGACUCCCGUCGUCACCAGGCUACUGAUUACACUGAGGCUUUGUUUCUGCUCACUUCCGUCAAGUGUGAAAUUACCGUUUAAACCGGACAGAUUCCGUUCAGCGGGUCAUUGAGUUUGAAUGCAGAGCACUAUUUUAGUCUUUACCAUUCCCGUGAUCUUCAAAGGUUUAUUUUAUCUUUCCUCCACUUUAACAAAAAGUAUGCUGUUGGAAAUGGUGUUGACAGACAUUACCUAAUGCUAGAAAUUGCUCACAGCUAAUUAAACAGUGGCGAGGAAGGUGUGACAGCAUAUCAAAUUAGAAAAUGACUUCCUUAAACAUGUAACUAAUUUCUCCAACAUCGGGAUUGAUUUUGGAAGGAACUUUUCAACGAGAUUUCUGUUUACCUUGCAUUAUUUUCCUUUUUAGUACAAAAUGACGUAGUGGUAUUAAUGUGGCUUAGUGAGCUUUUGUCAGUUUGGGCGGAUUAUAACAAAAGCUUUUAAUUGACUUGACUUGAAGAAGCAACAUGGAUUUUGACAUUUGAGAGGCUGGAAUAUCCACCUUUCAAGUGAGUCUUAUUUAAUACUUUAGAUUGAUCAGAAUUAAAUCAAAUUAAUGUCAAGAACAGUGGUGGGACGACUGGCGCAUGAGAAGAUUAAAAAGGGAUUUUCAUGAAACAAAACAUUAAUACUUUGCUCUAAGUUAUGGUAUCCCUGACAACAAACCCUGCCUCUUGAAAUUAGCGAAGACCUGCAGACUUUUAGCAGCCAGCACCCUCAAUUAUGGAACGUUUCCAAUGGCCAUUUGUGGAACUCGGCGAUUCCAUUUUCCGGCGGCUGCCGUUUGGCCUUGCCCUGUGGCUGAACCUUGACCUCAGGUAACCCCUCCCACCUGCACACUGCGGGCUCGCUCGUGGCCACAUGGCUUCUCUCUCUCUCUCCCUCCUGUGCAUGUCCUGACAUACCAAGAAACACCAGGGGAGGGAGGAGACAAAUAAACCUCAAACAGGAAAAACCAGAGCGCACCAGAGACGGGUAGACACACAGAGGGAGGUUGUGCGAGUUGUAGAAGGGCUGAAGGCACGAGGAAGGAAAAGCGAAUUUCAUGCCACGGUUGCAGUUUAGGAUCGAUGCUCAAAUUCUUAAGCGAAGCGAGAUAGAAACUGCGAGGAGGGAAGACUGUAGCUUUCGUUAAAAAAAGAUGGAGGCGGCCUCCAUCAUCAGAGGAGGGCUCCACGAAAUCCCGGAGAGCAAGGCGGAGCGCUGACAGCCACGGACCGAGCCGCUGAAGAGGUGAGCCAUUAGCUGACUCAACCUUUACCGCACUCGUCUCCUUGUCAGAAUAACGCCUUGAGGCCUGCAGGGGGGAGGACAGCCAGCGGUAAUGAUCGCCUGAUGCAACGCUUUCAGAAACUCCGUUCCUCUGUGUGAGGAAACACCACGAGCUGUCACAAAACCAGAGGCGUCACCUGCUGCAGCUGCGCCUAAGGGUCAGGAUCGGGGGGGGGGGGGUCACCGGAGGAGCAUGGGAUGCGGGGAGCCGAGCCGCGAGCCGUCCCCCGGAGUCCAGGCGCCCUGGAACAAAUGAGUAGCGGCGGAUUUCCCAGCUUGCUCCAGGGCCGGCGUUUCUACUGCCGGGAAUGGGCCCUGGACAAGCUGCGGCGCAGCCUGGACAGCCGCUCGGUGCCGGGGCAGCCCCCGGGGCUGCUGGUGACGGGGGGCCCCGGGGCCGGGAAGAGCGCCUUGUGCGCAGAGGUGGUAUGGCCCACCUCCAAGGGAGGGCUGGCGGCGGGGCUGGCGCCGCGCUGCCUGGCCUUCCACUUCUGCCAGCGGGAGGACCAGAGGAGUUCUUCGCUGUGGAGGUUCGUCCUGGGCCUGGUGGAGCAGCUGAGGGCCUCGCCUCUCCUCCAUCCCGCGUACAAAGAGAUCCUCAGCAGCCCUCCCAUGACCUCUUGUUUGGAGCCAGCCGCCUGUCAGAGAGACCCCGACGACACCUUCAAGAGAGCAGUGUUGGGACCCCUGUUGGACCUCCCUCCUCCUGCCCAGACUCUGAUGCUGUUGGUGGACUCCCUUGACGUGGGGUACGGGCCAGGCGAGGGGAGUGGGAGGAGCUGCUCCAUUGCUCAUCUUCUGGCCGCAAAUCAACACCUGCUGCCCAGCUGGCUGCUCCUGGUCUGCUCCGUCCGCCGCCAAAACAAGACUGUGUGCAAGAUGUUCUCAGGCUUUCGUAGGAUCCCCCUCGAUGAUCUUCGCAAACCCCCACCAGUCCGUGACGUGCAGCAGUACAUCCUUUGUCGGCUGGAUGAAGACGCAGCACUUCGCCGCCAGCUCACUCCUGACACGGCCGACAUGCUGAAUCUGCUGCACAUUAAGAGCGGCGGCUGCUUUCUCUUUCUCGAGCGCGUGUUGGAUGGUGUGGCAGGUGCACUGGUGGGUCUAAGGGAGAUCCGGGACAUCCCCGGGACUCUGAACGGCCUCUACCUGUGGCUGUGCCAGAGACUGUUCCCCCGGGGGCUCUUUGUCUUUGUCAGGCCUCUCCUCAACGUCCUCUUGGCUGCCGCGAGGCCCCUAACCCCUCAGCAGCUUUUCACGGCAACAUGGACACGUGACACCUCACUCAGCACCCAGGACUUCCAGAACAAUCUCCGAACACUCACGCCUCUCCUGAUCGACGGCCCUGGGGGAACCAAACUACUUUUUCAUGCCAGCUUUGCGGAGUGGCUGACGGACGUAAAGUAUUGCACACAGAAGUACCUGUGCAGCAGAACAGAGGGUCAUAGUAUGCUUGCCAUGGCUCUGACUUUGCAGGGACCCCACCUGGACGUUGAGGACACUUGCCAGCUUGCCACAUAUUUAGUUUCGUCAGGUCACCACAAAGAUAACCCCUCAUUAUUGGCCCUGUGGAUGCUAUUGGCAGGUGUACCGGCUUUAACUCCUCGUGGAAGGAUUUCCCUCACCACAUCCAAAACCCGGCCUCCUGUUCUAGUCAGUCAGGAAGUACUUCAGCUGCUAAGGAGUACUGGGCUCACCUCUGAAGGCUGUGUUUCAGAUGGAGACCUAGGCGUUGGAGUACAUUGUACAGGUGAAGAAGGAAGUAGUUUUAGACAUGCAUUUGAAACGGACGUGUCUGUAAAGAAGCUUCUAGGCUGUGGGGACUCUGUAAAUCCGCCUGGUUCAACCGAUGAUCAUUUCUUACUUUCCAGUGUGGCCCGCGAGGGUUCCGCAAAUGUAGCCAAACUUCUCCUGUCACGCGGAUGUGAUCCACUGGUCAGUGACCAACAGGGUCAAACGCCGCUCACUCUGGCUUCCAGGCAGGGGGAUGUGAAAGUGCUGUCUGUGCUCUUGGACUGGUCCAAGAGCCAGGGGCCGGAAACUGCCGCGCGGAUGAUGGAGCAUGUCGACAACGAAGGCUGGACAGCGCUGCGCUCUGCAGCUUGGGGAGGACACAGCGAGGCCGUCCGCCUUCUACUGGACGCAGGAGCAGAUGUGGACGGAUGUGAUGCUGAGGGUCGGACUGCCCUCAGAGCCGCCGCUUGGGGAGGUCAUGAGGAAAUCGUCCUGACCCUGCUGGACUAUGGGGCACAGGUCGACAAAGCCGACAGCAUGGGCCGCACGCCGAUCAUUGCUGCUGCGUAUAUGGGACAUUGCGAAGUGGUGGAGAUAUUACUGGACCACAAAGCAUUAGUUAACUUAGCUGAUGGAGAUGGGCGCACUGCUCUGUCAGUCUCGGCCCUCUGCGUUCCAACAGCAGCUGGGGUCAAAGGUUAUGGUGAGGUAGCAAGUCUGUUACUGGAGCGGGGAGCAGAUCCAGGACACAGAGACCAUGAUGGAAUGACACCAUUGCUUCUUGCAGCCUACGAGGGGCAUGAUGACAUAGUUGAGCUUCUGUUAGAAGCCGGUGCCGAUGUUGAUGAGACUGCUGGCCCUAAUGGCAAUGUCCCUGCAGCAGCGGCUGUUACUCCCCUUCUCGCAGCUGCAGCAAUGGGCAACAUGAAGACUGUUUCCCGGCUGCUUUUCUGGGGAGCGGCUGUGGACGCCAUUGAUUGUGAAGGCAGAACGGCACUCUGCCUGGCAGCAGCAAGGGGCAGCGUUGAAGUCGUCCGAGCCCUACUGGACCGUGGUCUGGACGAGAACCACAAGGACGACCUUGGUUGGACUCCACUGCACGCUGCGGCUUGUGAAGGCCAUCGGAGUGUGUGCGCAUCUUUGACGGAGCAAGGCAGCAUGGCACGUGUCGGAGAGAUGGACAUUGAAGGACGCACCCCUCUCAUACUGGCCGCCCAGGAAGGUCACUGGAGUACCGUCAGGUUGUUGUUGGACAGACGUUCUAGCAUUGAUCACAGGGCGUACGAUGGACAUUCUGCCUUGAGUGCCGCCCUCCUGGAGGGGCAUGCUGAGGUUGCCGAACUGCUCAUGAGGCGAGGGGCUGAUACAGAUGUCCGGGACGCAGAGGGAAGGCCUCUGCUCUACCUGCUGGUGUUGGAGGAUCGCCUUGAAAUGGCCAACCUUAUCAUAGAGAAAGGAGGGGUGCCCUUGGAGUCCCGAGACUCUGAGGGCCGUACAGCACUUCAUGUGGCUUCCUGGCAGGGAUGUCUGGAGAUGGUAGACCUGCUGCUAAAGAAUGGGGCCAACCCCAAUGCGCAGGACACAGAGGGGAGACCACCAAUCCAUUCAGUGGCAUGGACAGGACAUGUUGAAGUAGGACAUCGUCUCCUUGAAACCAUUGGUGUCGUUAUAGACCUGCCAUGUCACCAGCGGGCAACAGCUCUCGGCAUUUCGGCCCAGGUGGGACACGCAAACAUUGUUGCAUUGCUUCUGGAAAGAGGUGCAAACCCCAAUCACAUGGAUAAAUAUGGCCGUAGUCCAGUAAAAGUGGCUAGGAAACAUGGCCAUUUUAACAUUGUCAGACUCUUGGAGAGCUACGGAGCAAAGCCAUACAUGGGCCAGUUGUCUAGUUCUAGUACAGUCUCACCUUCGAAACCCAACAAGAUCCUCUCACCAGGUAUCUUUGAGAGUAAUGGAGGUGAAGGGACAGCUGCGACCUCCUCCUCUUCUGUGUCUUCUCCCGGCUCCACUGCCGAACGAUUCCACUCCAUGCAGAGCUCCCAAACCUCAUCCACCUGCCACUCGAUGGCUACGGUUCAGACAGUUCCAGCUGACAGCCUCAGUUUUAUCCAGCAAAUCCAACAGCACUCACUUCCCCGCAGUCGUAGCCGCCCCUCCACCUUGCCCCCGCCAGGGAGCUCGGGCAUUGGCAGCCUCCAUGGAAGCAGUCAGAGGCAUCCCAAAGGCAGCCCUCCUUCCACUGUUUGCACAGUCGCCGCCAUGGUGCACAACAGCAAACUGCCUCAGAAAGGCUUGUCGUCUGGGCUUGAAUAUCACGACAAAAUAAACAAACAAAACUCUAACUUAAUCAAAGCCGACAGGACCACUCACACUGGCGGCAAAUGGAACACAGUGAUGGCUUCUCUUGGGAUAAUGCCAGGACAAGACAGCCCUGCAGUAGAUGCUAACAGAGAAAGUCCUCCUCUGGGGUACCCAUACAGACUACAGAGCCCACUUCAAAGGGAGGCUUGGGAUUCUCUACCCCAGAAGGACAUUGUGUCACCCGCUUGCUACAAUUUCAGCCCCGCCCCACCUGGUAGUGCCUUGUCCCAGGAUGUUAUGGUUGGCAUGACAACCACAGACCCGCAACUCAAUCUGAAACAGGCCAUCAAACUACAAUUUGAAGGGCCCACCAGUGCAGCCUUAUACAAGAGAGAGACGCCCCUUUGACUGGAUUGACAUCAACAUAUUGGGAUUUAGUCAUAUAAUAAAAAAUAUGUAUAUAUUUGCAAAUCAAUUAACAAUGUCGCAGUGUGGUUUACCAAAACCUAAAUAGUCUCUGGCAGUGCUAAAAUUUAAGUUGCAAUGACAAAAUCUUGUCUCUGUUUUAGGUAAAGUUGGACAUUUUUGCAGUUCAAAGAUGAGGCAGUUUUUAGUGUGUACAAUGACUGUCUGGGUUCAGCAGGGAGGAAGUGAUCUCUCUCCCCUUCUGAAAAUCAGAGGAAGAGCUAACUGAGUGACAUCAAAGCUUACAUUCCGGCCUUUCCGUCGCUUGUUGAAUGUGUUGAGCAGGGCUCUGACAAGAUCAUGUUUAUUCAUAUAAAGUCUAUGGACAGUAGAACUACGUCAAAAGUUUGGGUUAAGAUUUAAACCAUUUAUUUUCUAGUAAAUAUCUCCUUUAAGAAGUAAACUACUUCUUUCGAGCUUUAGGUUCAUGCCGUCAUCUUUUUUGAAGUAUUUGAUAUUUACUAUAAACUGGCCUUGACUCUGACGACCAAAAACAGUUUGCAGAAAGGCAAAACUACCAAAGCUGACCCAGUGGGGGGUUUAUGAUACAAACCAUUACAGACAUCCAAGUGUACUGCACAGUGUGUCUGUCUGUGAGCAGGCAGGAAGGAGUGAAAUUUGGACCAUAAAAGCUGGGGGCGGUUUGUGUGAGUUUUUUUCAUUCCAAACUUGUACAUUCUCACAGAACAAUUUCUACUUCUUUAUCAUUUUUGUAUUGGUUGACAUUUAAUUGCAGUCAUUCAUUCAUUAAAGUGGUGAGCAGUGCCAUAAAACCUGU